AAGCAUGCUUGUCAGUUUGUAAACAAAACUACAUGCAUUGCACCACAAUGUAAUAACACUGAAUACUUUUAGAGCCAAAUAUUUGUAUACAAUAUCUGCGUGCUUCAAACUGUAAGUGAAAAUAAUGGCUGACAAACGAACUCGCGAUUCAGAGAGUCCAGGGGGUGAACAUGACAGUGAUGGGAAAAUAGAAAAACAACCGCGACUUGAAGGAAACGCGAGUCCAAGAGAUGAUCAUGGUGAUUAUGGCGAAUAUGAGGGUGAUGAUAAUAAAGGUGGCGUUGAUGAUGAAGAAAAUAGAGGUGGCGGUGAUGGUUAUGAUGAUGAUGAUCCGUAUGAUGAUGGUGCUGGCGGUGAUAGUGCAAACAUUUAUGGAAAAUACGAAUACCUUGAUCACACAGCUGAUGUGCAAAUUCAUGCCUGGGGAGAUUCACUGAAAGAGGCUUUUGAGCAGGCGGUGCAGGCGAUGUUCAACUAUAUGACCACUGACUUCUCCACUGUUGAAAUGACAGAUGAACAUGAGGUGGAGGCACAAGGAGAGGACCUGCAGUCUCUUCUGUUCCACCUCAUGGAUGAGUGGCUGUUUGCUUUCUCUGCUGAACCAUACUUUAUUGCACAGAAAAUAGAAAUUACAGAAUUUGACACAGAAAAUUUCCGCAUCAAAGCCAAAGGGUACGGCGAGGAGUUUGAUAUCUCCAAGCAUCCCCAGGGUACGGAGGUGAAGGCAAUCACUUACUCCAAUAUGCAGAUCCACGACUCGGAUGAGAAACACGAGGUCUUUGUCAUCAUUGACAUCUGACACAGAUGAACUCUAAAAUAUAUGAGUUGGUCUUUGGGAAAACGAGGCUUACAUAACAGAGACAAUAGUAGGAACAUGCAAUAAUAUUUUGGCCUCACUUUGGGAAAACGGGGCUUAAUGCAUGAUUUACCUGACCAUGAAAUAACAAAAGAGCAAUAUGAUGGCUUGAUAAUUUUUAUGUCCCCCACCACUAUAAUGGGGGACAUAUUGUUUUUGCCCUGUCUGUUGGUCUGUCUGUUGGUUUGUUUGCUCCAACUUAAACAUUUUGCAAUAACUUUUGCAAUAUUGAAGAUCGCAACUUGAUAUUUGGCAUGCAUGUGUAUCUCAUGGAGCUGCACAUUUUGAGUGGUUAAAGGUCAUGGUCAUCGUCAAGGUCAAAGGUCACAAAAAUUCAAAGGGCACAGGAGGGGACAAAGUGUUUCCGACAAACGCAUUUCUGAUUUUUUUUAAAGUAAUAUCUAGAAAGACAUAUAAGCUUUACUCUGGAAAGCAGGGCAAUCUGCAAAAUGCUAAUAAGGGUUAUCCCUCUCUGAUAUUUUUUGUUUGAAAAGAAUUCUCUUAUAAGCCAAAAAUCAGUUUUAGUGCAAAGUGUUCUCACUGAUUAGUCUUUGCAGAUCUAUAAACAGAGAUGACAUUUGACACAUUGAGACAUGUAAAAAAAAGACUACUGCUUAUGACCUUUUCUACAUUGGCAUUUACUACAUGUGAUAUAAAGACCCUGAUUAACAGUCAUGGUCAUAUUGUUGGUUUCAUUUUAAGUGCACAAAAGAUUUCAAUUUCCCUCACUUCAGCACUCCUGUUUUAAUUUAUGGAGAAUCUGCAUGCCCCAAACUUCUGUCUUUGAAGUUCUCCUCAGUGUCACCUGAUGGUGGAAUCACAUUUUUGACACAUGAUGAUAUAUUAUCUGAUUACCGGUAAUAUCAUUUUUAUGCCCCCGUUCGAAGAAGAGGGGGGUAUAUUGCUUUGCUCAUGUCGAUCGGUCGGUCUGUCGGUCGGUCUGUCGGUCCGUCCACCAGGUGGUUGUCAGACGAUAGCUCAAGAAUGCUUGGGCCUAGGAUCAUGAAACUUCAUAGGUACAUUGAUCAUGACUCGCAGAUGACCCCUAUUGAUUUUGAGGUCACUAGGUCAAAGGUCAAGGUCACGGUGACCCGAAAUAGUAAAAAUGGCAUUUGAAUGAUAACUCAAGAACGCAUACCCCUAGGAUCAUGAAACUUCAUGGGUAGAUUGAUCAUGACUCGCAGAUGACCCCUAUUGAUUUUGAGGUCAAAGGUCAAGAUCACGGUGACCCGAAAUAGUAAAAUGGUUUCCGGAUGAUAACUCAAAAAUGCAUACGCCUAGGAUCAUGAAACUUCAUGGGUAGAUUGAUCAUGACUCGCAGAUGGUUUUCGGAUGAUAACUCAAGAACGCAUAUGCCUAGGAUCAUGAAACUUCACAGGUAGAUUGAUCAUGACUCGCAGAUGACCCCUAUUGAUUUUGAGGUCACAAGGACAAAGGUCAAGGUCACGAUGACCCGAAAUAGUAAAAUGAUUUUCGGAUGAUAACUCAAGAACGCUUUUGUCUAGGAUCAUGACACUUCAUAGGUACAUUGAUCGUGACUCGCAGAUGACCCCUAUUGAUUUUCAGGUCACUAGGUCAAAGGUCAAGGUCACAGUGACAAAAAACGUAUUCACACAAUGGCUGCCACUACAACGGACAGCCCAUAUGCGGGGCAUGCAUGUUUUACAAACAGCCCUUGUUUUAUUACAAAGAUGUGAUUAUAUAGAUGUGAAGAAUAUAACACCACUUUGGCAUCAAUUAAAGAUGGUUUCUUUAAAUUCUGUCACAUUUAUGGCUAUAUUUUUGUUUGCAAUCUCAUGUGAGCAAGCUUUCCAUUGUCAAUGUUUUAUACUUUUAAUGUGCAUUUGCAUACAGAUGGUACAUAUGCUCUGUGGAAAGGGGAUUUAAUGCAUGUGCGUAAAGUGUCGUCCCAGAUUAGCCCGUGCAGUCUGUCUCUUCUUUGCAAAAAUCCAGUUUAGGUGGAAAAUGUUGUCCCUGAUUAGCCUGGGUGGACUGCAUUUAACCCCCUUUUCAAAGAGCACAGCCCAUAUACAAAAGUGUGCAUAUAUGUCUGUAUUUACACUGCAACGUGUGGGUAUUCUUUGUUAUUAAAAUCUGAAUAAAAAAGCUGUUGUGCA